AUGUAUCUCGAUAAGAAAUAUGAGAGAUGUAAGGAGGGAGAUCUAAUUAUCCUAUUUGGGGGAUAUGAAACUAUUUUACAGGUAAAAUUAGAGGCAAACAAGCGUGUUCAAACUAAAUCAGGAGUUUUUUUACAUAACGACAUUAUAGGUAGCAUAUAUGGUAGUAGAGUAUGGGAUAUAAGUAAAUGUAAAUGGAUGGCUAUCCUUAAACUUUCACCAGAGUUCAUCUCCCAAAGCUUAAGAUAUAGGACCCAAAUUAUAUAUCAAGCAGAUAUUUCUUUGAUAAUUGUUUUAUUAGAUGCAUCUCCUGGGAAACGCAUUAUUGAAGCAGGUACUGGAAGUGCUUCUUUAACUGUAUCUUUAGCUAGAUCAACAGCUCCUAAUGGAACUAUAUUUACCUUUGAAUAUGACAAGGAGCGCUAUGAAGAAGCUGUAAAGGAUUUUGAGAAAUACCAGAUUUGUAAUGUUGUAUGUGAACAUCGUGAUGUAUGCUCAUUUGGUUUUAAAAAUCAGAAUAUUAAUGAUCAUUCAGCUGAUGCAGUUUUUUUAGACCUCCCAUCUCCAUGGAAUGCAAUCUGUAAUGCCAAUGAAGUACUUGUAAAAGGAGGUAGAAUUGUUAUCUUCUCGCCUUGCAUUGAGCAGGUAAUGAAGAAUUGUACUGAAUUGAACAAAUCGAAAUAUAUUCAGAUUCGAACAUUUGAAGUUCUUUAUAAACCAUGGGGGAUAGUUCGUGGAAUUUUAAAGAAGUUCCCAAAUCAAGGAUUAAGGUAUCAGCUACCAACAAGAGGACACACUGGAUAUUUAACUUUAGCUAUAAAGCCCACUAUAUAG